AUGAAAGUGAAACGAUUGGUACUUCUGCUGCUUGUAUUUAUUAUAUAUGUAUCUCUGGGAGCGGUCGUUUUUAACGUGCUAGAGGCCGGAGCGGAGCAGGAAAGGAAGGAUGAGUUGCAAGCGUUUGUGGAGCAGUUUUUAGACAAAUACCCAUGUGUGAACAGGACGGACCUGUACAAGCUGCUAAAGAAGGCUGUUGUGGACAGCGAGAUUGUCAAUUACGUCGUUGAUAAUAAAACACACCUGGACAGGUGGGACUUCAGUGGUGCCUUUGGGUUUGUCGUCUCUGUGGUCACCACGAUAGGGUUUGGAAAUAUGUCCCCGUUCACACUUGAAGGCAAGGUGGUGUGUGUAGUCUACGCCCUGUUUGGAAUACCGCUGACUCUUUUAGUUCUUGGAGGCCUUGGAGAGAAGAUGGCGUCGUUCAUUUCUAAGAUCAGAAAAUGCAAGAACCCCAUGUGUCAUCACACGCCCCGG